AUGGAAGAUACUGAGACGCAACCGACUUCAGCUGCGCUUGAGAGCAAACCGUGGGAUCCUGUUGACUUGGUUCUUGCUUCAGCGAAAGAUUAUGGCCCUUUUAAGCCGAGUAACUUACGAGCCACUGACGAAUUCCCUCUUCAUGCCUUUUUCAACCGAGAAUCUUGGUCGUCAGUGAGUGAUGAGGACUACAACAUUCUCCGCCCCAGCAUGCAGUUCGCAUCGAAUCUGAUCCAAGCCGGCAUGCAUUACCUCUGCUCGUUUGUUCCAUCAAGCAGAGCUCACGACCACUUGGCGGAUGAACGAGUCGGCGUCCAGGGCUCAUAUCAGGUAGAUCCACAGUCGUGGACCGAAGAAGAUUUCCAUGAAACCAGAGAAGAACUUGUAGAAAUAGCCAAAUGCGUCGAGUGGGAAUUGAAUGGCACGAUAGCGAAAGACAACAAAUGGCUGGGAAUUACCAGACUGGUCACAAGCGAGAAAUGGGGGCCGCGGCCGUGGAAAGAUCUCUCACGAGAUGAAAUCAUCAAAUCAGACAGCGAAUUGAUGGACCAGGGCGCGUUUCGUCGACAUCUGAAGGUGGGAAUCAUGCAGGAAUAUGUUGACGCUCUGAAGAGGUACUCGGUCUCCAGUGAGGAACACCUACGCGCAACGUUUCUAGCUGCUAUCACCAUGGCGCAUGAAGUCGGGCACAUAGUCUGGCAUCAAGAUUUCCGGUCUAUGGGUUAUGAUAAAGAUGGAGCAGAGCCUUACUUCGCGGACUACAGCAUCUCGGAACUAGGAUGCGGCUUCAUUGCCAGCAUAUUUGAUGGCAAGAACCCCUAUGAAUGUGGUAAACAAGUUCCAACCGACUUCACUCAAGCACUGUACUGGGAGAGAGUACCCAGAAUGGACACCGAUGAACUAUAUCGCACUGAUUACUCGAUGUCCAUCCCGUAUUUAGAGCAGAUUCUCUCGCAAGAAUCAUGGGACCAAUUUGAUCCUAUGGACCCUGACUUUUUGAUUGAUGUUAGGGAUUUGCUCCAUCCUGAAGAUGACUGUUCGGGGGAAGAAAUCGGGUCAGGAGACGCCUACGGGUUUGGGAUAAAGCUUGCAUCAGCGAACACACGAGAGUGGACGGUCUCGCAAUUCGAUGGGACCGAAAAAGUCAUUUGGAAAUCAAGCUAUCUUGAUCGAAGGAUUCGGAGUGAUGAAAAACUCAAAGACGUGUCGGAGGCAGAGAAGGAAUUGGCAAUGUACGAGAUUGGUUUGACGACCCAUGGCGCCUCUGACGAGAUAGGCGACUCGUCCGAUCCCUCUCACACGAGAAACCCUCUUACCCACGGUUUUCGGAAUUGUACUAGACUGGUUGAUGAUGGUGUUGUUGACCUGGACUUAGUUAGUGCCGGACGGCCCGUAGAUCUUAACAUUUUGAAGAGAAUUGAGAUACGGUUCAGAAACAAAUCUGGGGAUUUGAGAGACAAGCCCCAAGCACGCGCACAUCGCCGACGUCAUCGAGAAAGUGGCACACAGAAUUUCAAUAUCUCAAAACUUGAUUGGUUCAGCAAAACGUAUAAUAGCCAAUUCCCUCGAGACUUUCAAUUCGGAGGUGCUGGCGAAGAAUAUGAACCUGCCAAUGUGCUAGAGCUCAUGGCGAACAAGCAACCCGAGAUCAUCGCAAAAACAACAAUCAAGGAUGCAUACCAAUUCUGCAUCGAACGGAGCAUUGGCUUCGAUCGACCACUACCAAGGACAUACGUCGAGCAGAACCAAAAGCUUGAUCUCACAAAGAAAGCAGAUCGAGCUCUCAUCGAGCGGAUACGGCAAUUCUGCUUGGGUGAAGCGGAGAAGUUGUUUGAAGGCAACAAUCAAGCACUCUUGUACAUCUAUUAUGCUGAGACCAAGUACAUCGAUGAUUGGAGCGAAGAGACUUGCUUAAGAAAUGCCAUUGCGAUGGAAUAG